AUGGCUGAACACCUAGAGACAGGAGCAGUAGGACCACUACUUAUGGACUACCCCAGCAACCUGUCUCGAAUGCACCGCCUACGCGAACGAGCAGAGAAAGAAGAGAAGCGCAUCAAGCAACUUGUGGGAAUUGCAAACAGCGCGGGACGAGUCAGGCCAAACAGAAGCUACGUUCCAGGACUAUCUGCACCACCAAGUCCAGGAGGAAGAGCUUUUGCAGGAUUCCACCAACAAGAUUUCCAAGGAUUCCAAGACAAUUGCUCCUUCCAAACUCCAACGAUCGAGACCGCUGGAACCUUCCACACUGCAUUGACGCCCACACCAAAGCAAAACAUUCGAGUCACUGACGGACAAGGAAGACAAUUGUUGGUCUCGACACCCAACAGCAAACUAUACUGCCCACAAGCUGCCCUAACAAUGCUAGCAUGCAUGAGUGCUGCCGAAGAAGCACUCAACAUCGAAGAAGAAAGUGACAAAACAUCCUCGAUCCAUUGUUGGGGAUGCCAAAAGAUAGGCCACUCUUUCAGAGAAUGCCCCCACAAAGGAGAUCCGGGAGUUAUCAGCCAGUUUGAAAAAAGCCUAGAGGACAACAGACUAAAGAGAGAGCAGAGACGACACAAAAGCGAGAUAACAAGUUACAAGGACAGUGGUUAUAUUAAUCAAAUAGUUUAUGACACAAUCCAAAAGAUUGAGCAUCCCGAAACGUGGGAAGAUGAACGAAGAACACUGUUGAUAAACUUGGCCAAAACAGUCACCGAGCACAUGGGCAACAACAGCGGACAAAAGAGGAAGCAAAUGAGAACGGAUCCCCCACUCACUUUCAUGACGGUCGGAAGCUUGGCAACAAUGGAACAAGCACAAAAAAUUGGACUUCUCAGUGAACAAGUCCUAGCAGUGAUGCACUUCCCAAUCGGCCUCAACCUCGGAGACACAGCCAACUUGAAAGGAAUAUACGACACAGGAGGAUGCUGCAACAUAGGAGAAAAAGCAUACCACCUCACUAUCGCAAAACAAUACCCCCAAUUGGUCAAACAGGUGUACAACUUUCCAAAGAUUCACUACGCCCCCAUCAAGAUUGGAGGAAUCAAAGACAGUGUCAACAUCAAGACAAUCAUUGAAUACUACAUCCCUUUUGCCAACGAGGAUGGAGAAAAUCACACGUUGAUGAUUGGAUUGAUGGAUCAACUACCCAUCAACACACUCUUUGGAUUACCAUUCAUGUUGAAGGCAAAGAUGGCGCCAGACUUUCAUCGAAAAACAGUAACUUCAAGCCUCUUCAACCAGGAAUUUGAACUCACCAUGGAGCGACCCACAAUGCUUCCAGUGGAACACAUCAGAAGAGAUCAAGCAGAAUCACCCAAAGCACUAUUCAACAACAACAAGACAGAGACAGGACAGAGAGCCAUCAUCACCAGAAAACAACAACACAACGCGCCCAACACCAUCACCAACAUUCACCAAAGAACACAUAACGCAGGACGAGCCCACCACAAAUGA